AUGUCUGGUACAAAUGCUACCAAGCAUUCCGCCAGUAGUGAUCGUAGUGAUCGUAGUGACUACGAGAACGUCACCACUUCCGAAGGUUUCACAACUACGUCGUCAACUGAAAAUGACGCCAGCUUCCUGACAUCAACUCGCGAGUCAACGGCGAACGUCGCAAAUUCGACGUUAAAAGCAACUUCGCCGUCUAGCUCAAGCAAAUUGGCGUCAUUCAAGCUGAUGAAACCCAACAAAGGCCGACUUCUAUCGCAGAUUUUGGCGUUCCAAAACGACGACGACGACGAGACCAGCUGA